ACGGGAAAAGGAGAAGGAUAGAGAGCGGGAUCUCCAAUUCACCCACACUAUCACUGCGUCUGGUCGCUCCUCUGCCCCUCCCCUGCCCUCCACUCUCUACAAGGCAUCGGCGUCGGCUCAUGGGUAUCCCAGAAGCCAUUCCGCGUGUCCCUCACCUGUAAGCAUGGGUCGCUCGGUCACACCGCUCAGCCUCAAGCGCCCACCACCUUAUGACGCCCUGAAGAUAGGUGGCAGCAUGCCCCGAUCCACCUCCUCCGUUGCGCAUGCCGCCAAGAGCUCAGUUGGUCAGGAAGGGGGAGGCAAACUGAGUAACUCUUCUUCGGCCCACAGCUCCAUGCAGAAUGUGUCGCGUUCCCGCACCCCUACAAGCCCUCUGGAUGAACUCACCAACCUGUUUACUGGUGGCCGGAAUAUGCUAAAGAAGGGAUCGGGAGGGAGGAAGGUCAAGGAAUCCGCUGAAUGUGAGGCCAAGACCAGGAGCCACAGUACAGAACCUCUAUCUAGGCACGAGAGCAAAGCUCACCACGGAGGCAGCCAGGAGUCUCCCAAAUCCCAGGAGUGGGAUGGGCCCUCCGGACAUUCAUCCAACCCCACUGCCAUGCCCAGCCGCCUGGGACGCUCUUCUGUCAGCCCCACCAUGAUGCUGGGGAGUGGGGUCACAGAAUCCAAAGCGGUGUGUAAGCUGGGCCGGUCAGCCUCUACAUCGGGGGUUCCUUCCCCGUGCGGGACUCCCCAGCACCAGCCCUCCGAGCCCCAGCCAGGCUACAGUCAGAUGAUCCCUCCCAUGCUGUGGGCUUGCGGAGACAACACCAUGAUGGAGAUGAUUGAGAAGAAGCGCAGCCUGUGUCGGGAGAUCAAGGCCCGCCGGGGGCCAGCAGACAACAACCUGUGUAAGCAGGACAGCAUGCCCAUCUUGCACAGCUGGAGGAAGAGCAGCAAUGGGACCAAGAAGUAUGGCGGCCCUCCCCCUUACUCCACACAGACCACCGUCUUCUGGGACACGGCUAUCUGACAGGAGUGAUCCACCCUGUCCUGGGCCUUGUAACGGGCCUUGUUCAAAUGGAAGAACCAGGACUUGACCGGUAUGUCCAGGACUACCUGGACUUGACUAGUAAGAAACACAUUUUGUUUUCCGUUGCAAAACAUUUUAAAACGUUUCUGUUGCGUGCCCUAAUGAACACAACCCUGUCAUCAGACUCCUCCCCCUUCCUUUCACAAGCCAGAGAUGGGUUUUGAGCUGGUGACCAAUCAGAGCACAGGGAGACAAGAGUUUCCCCCCCACCUCUCUGUUGUAGCAAUUCAAAUAUCUGGUAUAUUUCCCUGGUUUGGUAUUGCUAAUUUAUAUUUUAAAAAAUGGUACCUCAGUAAUUGUCUUAAUAUUGAAUAUGCUUAGUACAAUUAUAUAUUUUCUAAAGAUUAAAAAAUAUAAAAUAAUUUGGAAAUUUUAGUCUACAGUUGUUAAAUGGUUUUUCAAACCUUGUCUUGGAUAUUUAUGUUGCAAAGACACUUGUCUGUGCGUUGGAGAAAAAAAUAUGUUGCCAAUACGUUGAGCCAAUUUAGUAAGAACACUAUGGUUUUUUAUACAAAAAAAUCGAAAGGAUAAAUGUUCUUAUAACGAUGAAAAAAGCACUAAUUUUAAAUUGAAUAUAUUUUGGCAUCUUGAAUUUAGAUGUUGUUGUAUUGGAAUGCUGUUGUGAACCAUUUGAAUGAUCCACAAUGUAGGUUUGGCUUGCUCCACUGCCCUGACAAUCACUAUUACCAUGUCCCAAUACUUAGGGCAAAUCUGCCAUAUCAUAUAGGGCCAGGACCAAAAGUAAUAUGGUAGCACCUUGGGGCAAAUCAUAUCAAAUCAGUGGUCGGACAAAGAGACAAGGUAACAAUUUACUUGACACCCAGCGUCAUAACACGUUAUGACAUGGUCUUAACAUGUCAUAUGUCAUAACAACUGACGUAACCUGUCAUAACCUGUCAUAAUAUAGUCAUAACACUAUCAUGACACAUAUUUUUUGUUGUGACAUUUAUUGCAUUAUUUUAUGGCUGGUUAUGACACCUACAUAAGUGUCAAACCCACAAAACCCACCACACAAGGCAAAACAUUCCAUUACACCGUAGCCUACUUGUCAACAGUAUAUUUAUGUUAUAUAACAUUUUCUGACAUUGAACAUAUUCAAUUAUUAUUGUAAUUGCGCACAAAUUAUUGUCAGACAUUCACCUACCCCAAUGCUCUGUUGCUGAUGACUGAGAUGAAUGCAGGAGAAGAUAUCAGGAGCAGGACAAGACAACUUCUUUACGACUGAUUACUGACAUAAGGGCAUAUAUGGCUUAUAUGAUUAUGAUGGUCAUAAUACCUCUUGACAGUGUCAUAAAGUAUAUUUUCUUAAUCCAAGUAAAAUGACACAGGAAGGUCAUAAUGCUUCAUGACAGUGUCAUAAAGUGUAUUUUCUGCAAGUGAUUUAAAAUAUGAUGAAAAACAACAUGACUGUAAAUAAUGAAUUACGACAACAACAAAGCACUUAUUAAGAAACAAUCUUUCAAAUGAAAGGAACCUUGUUGGUUCCGAAAAAUGUCAUUUUAAUCCAAAGAGACGUGAAGGAGAAGCUCGUCGGAUGUUGAUCUCUUCUCGGCUUUUUGUUUUUAAAUAAAUGUGGGUUUUGACCGUCUUAUGUAUGUCAUAAAAUAAUGCAAUAUAUGUCACGUUUGUAAAUAUAUGGGUAAUGACAGUGUUAUGACCAUAUUAUGACAGGUUAUGACAAGUUAUAUCAGCUAUUAUGGCAUAUUAUGACAUGGUCAUGACCGUGUCAUAAAGUAUUAUGAAGCUGCGUGUCAAGUAAAGUGUUACCGGGACAAGAAUAUAGGAGACAAGGAGAUAGGACGGAAGGAUGCCAUUUAUUAAGAGUGUUGGGACAAGAUGGUUUGUACAGUACCCAACAUAAUCUUUUCACACGACUGAGUCCAGCCAAACUUCACUGCCCUGGCUUGCCCUGGUUACACAUCAACCAUAGUUGCUGGAACUGAGCUGGAAAGAACAAUGUGAAAACAAAAUGUUGACACUAGCAACUACGGUUCGGGUCUACACAAAAGUGCUUAAAAAGUACAAGAGAUUAUAAGAGAGUCAGUGACCCAUAUCACCGUGCCAGAAUAGUGACUGACCGGGCAGUGGAAGACUCGGCCAUAGGGAUGGAGAUACUGUCAUGGUGUAUUUAAUAAAGGCAGUUAAGAUUAUCCACCUAUUCAGACAGGAACUAAGCUUGAAUUAAAAUUAUGUCUUAUCUGAGUCUGGGGGUAUUUCUCUUGCCUCCAAAUGAAAACAAUUAUAGUGAGUUUGAACUUUCUAGUUCAAACACGUUUGAGUUCUGCACAUGUUAUAUAGUUCUACACAUGUUAAAUAUUUCCAAAUCGAGUUGUAUCAAAAUAAUGUGAGGAGACAUGAUUAUUGUUUAUAAAUGACCACACAUCAUACCAUAACAUAUAUACACACACCAGGAGCCUAUUCAGGAGGAUGUAGCCUCCGGAGCUAAGGUGUCUCACAUUCUGUUUGAAAGCCUGGGGAAGUUCUCAUCAGAAAAGAUGAUCAAAAGUGGUGGAU